AUGCUAAAAAAUUUACUAAUGUUAAGAUUACGUUUAGUUUGUUACCACAGCAGAAGAGUGCGGAAUUACUGUAGCGCUUGUUUUGUUCGUUCGUGGUUUGUGUUGAUUAUUCGGUUGAUCGUUGUCACACGCUUGGUUGUCGUGCGGGGUUUGGUAAGCUGUGAUCCCGUUUCAAAAUGCCCAAAGCCAUGCAGCUGCGCCACCCUUCGUUUCCCCGCGGUGACGUAAAAACGACCUCGUGAUGCGAUCCCAUUAUCGGUCUCCAGCGGAAAUCGCUGGCCCAUUCAUUGCUCCUGGAGGAGCAACCGCUGUUGUGAAAACGAAACUAAGGUUGGGCGUGCGCGUUGCGUGAACGCAAAAAUGGGCAGCGGUGCCGUGGCCGUUAACCCGUUGACCCACGACUCCCACACGGCGUGGAAUCGGCUCAAGGCGACCCAGACGGUGCGCACCGUGACCCCACUUUCGCUGGACACGCCGAUCAAGGAUGACGCCGUGCGUUUUGUGUGCGUCUCGGACACGCACAGUGCGAUCCAGCGCAUGCAGUACUCGAUACCUGACGGUGACGUCCUGCUCCACGCCGGCGAUUUUACAAAGAAGGGAUCGCCCCACGAAGUGGGCGCGUUCAGCGCGUUUCUGGCUACCCUUCCCCAUAGGCACAAGUACGUCAUAGCGGGAAACCACGAGCUGUCCUUUGACCCUGCCACUACUUGGUAUACGAAAUCUCGUGAACAAGCUGCGCUCGACGACGCUGUGGCCCAUGUCAAGCGGCAACUAGUCAACUGCACCUACCUGGAGGAUGCCGAGGCCACUGUCUGUGGCCUCAAGGUCUAUGGCUCCCCCUGGCAGCCGCGGUUCCACAACUGGGCCUUCAACCUUCAGCGGGGGCAGGCGCUGCUUGAAAAGUGGAACCGCAUCCCGGCUGACACGGACGUGCUCGUGACACACACUCCCCCGGUCGGCCACGGCGACUUUUGCGUCCGGAACCGUCACGUGGGUUGCGUCGAGCUUCUGAAUGUUGUGCAAAACCGGGUGCGGCCACGCUACCACGUCUUUGGCCACAUCCACGAGGGCCACGGUACGACAACUGAUGGCGAGACGGUGUUUGUGAAUGCGGCCAUCUGUGAUGUUUACUACAGGCCAAUCAACGCACCAAUCAUCUUUGAUGUCCCACUACCAGAAGGUGCCUCUAAAGUUGCUGAUUGAACUGCCUGACGGUUCGAAGGAACAUGUCACAAGAUGUUCCUAUCUCACAUGUUUCUGCUGGUCAUUUUGCGUGCUGGUGAGGCAGUGUUGCAGUGUUAUUGCUGAAGAUCAUAUUCAAUAUUUUUGUGAUCUUGAGUAGUUCAUUGUUUUAUUGUGGAUAUGUUUGAGCUUUUAACUCUUUCGUUACCGUGAGAAAUGGUCUCAUUUUCGGUGCUAUUAUGUUUUAACAUUUUAUUUCAUGAUGUAGCAGUCUCAACGUAUACUGCGACACAUACUACAGUAGAACCUUGUUGAUACAUUCUCGUUAGAUACAUUUUCCCGGCGCCAACUUUCGCAAUUGAGAACACAAAAAAUGACCAAUAGAGUUACACAAAUUUUUUACCGGUUCGUACGUUCCCGGGAAAUACGAUUUCUCGGCACCAAUGUUCAGUACAUUGCCAAACUGCGAUCAUAUGAUAUGUUUUCCAGCCCCUAUACCCAUGUGAACAAGAAAAGGCGUGAGGUGCGCAUGACUGAGAACGGCAUACAGUGCAGUCCACUUAUAACGAUACCACAUAUAACGAUAUAUCGGUUAUAACGAUGGGUCAACACGAGAGUGUCAUUUUAUGCAUUGGGUCGAUGGGGAAAAAAAACCAUUUAUAAUGAUAGGUUAUUCACCACAUGUCGGAUAUAAUGAUCAAAAUUUUGCUGUCUGGACGGCGUUUUCCGUGCCAAAUAAUCGUAACAUUUGUGUUGCUUAGUUCCCUGAAAUGAACAAUGUCGAGACGAGGCGAUGUUUACCUCUGUAAGUUCGUAUCUGCCACCAUUACCGCGCAGCGCAUCCCGCCCCGCCCGUGCACCAUAGAAUAGCUGAGCAGGCACAGUGCGCCACAAGAUGGCGCUAGCUGCUUCAUGCGCCUUGGCCACAGUCGCUCCGAAAGAGAGAGAAAGAAGAAAAAAAGCGACAAGCAAAGCGGCGCGGUGGCGCCUGUCCCGUAUCUCUCUCUCCCGCGAUAGCAGGCUGACGCCACCGAAGCAGCGUGCAACCAACGGUUCAACCCAGUUCGAAGAUGGCGCCGACAAAGCACAAAGCUGUGUCACUUGACACGAAGAAGGAUAUUUUGCAGGACUCUCGAUGUGGCUUCAAGGUGAGCGCCCUUGUGAAGAUGCAUGCACUCGCCCAGUUAACGAUAUCAACCAUCUUGAAAACCGGAAGCACCGCGAUUGUGAAGGCAGGAGCUAUCAGCGGCCAUGCUGAUCAGUGGGAAAGGGUUAGAGACCCUUUGUACGCCGAUGUUGAAGAGGUGCUUUACCAGUGGUUCAUCACCAAUUGCUUCAAAAAGGUGGUCUUUGUGCGUAAGGGCGAACUUCCCCAACCCACUGAGACUAACAUGGUGGAAGCCGCUGACAUAACUGAGCUCUGGGAGCUCGUUCCUACUGGUGACACAGGUGGUGCGUCGAAGGAGGAGUUUUUGACUGCAGACAGUGCUGCCUCGUUCUGCGAUGAGGUCACCGACGAGGCGAUCGCCAAAGAUGUGGUGUUUCAACAGAUGGCAAAGUUGUGCGACGGUGACGACGGCAGCAGUGACAGUGACAGCGAGGUUGACAGUGGCUCCUUGAUCCCAACGCCAAUGUCCAUGCAAAGUACACUGUCGUUGAUCGACUCCUUAAUUGAUUUUAUGCAUGCUAAAGGAUUGCCGCCAGUGUUCGCGCAGCAGCUGGAAUCCAUGCACACCGCGGUUGUGAAGCUGAAGCUGCUGCAAAAGCAAGUGCAGAUUUCGGACUAUUCCGGCGCGUAACCCAUGGCAUGGUCAUUGGCGCUAGAAAUAAAGUUUGUUUUUCACAGCCUACUUUGUACAUCAUCUAUUCUUUAGAGCAAGUAGCGAAUUCGAAGUUGCAAAGGUAUGUUCUGUGUUUUUUGUUUUUCUUAAUUUUUUUAAAUAACUGCAGUCCAGAUAUAGCGAUCAUCGGUUAUAACGAUCAUAUUUUUCGUCUUUCUCGAUAUCGUUAUAAGUGGACUGCACUGUAUAGCCGCCCGUCUCACAUGAAAACGAUGGCGCACGCAGUUUCUUAUUCCAGUGCAGUCUAUACCCGCGAUAACGAAACCCCGUGGCAAAGAAAUCAUUGCGACAACGACAUAUUUUCGUAUCCCCGACGAAUGCCCAUAGGAUUCAAUGCAUUUCGUACCUCUCGACAAUGAAAUAUCGCUGUAUUACAAUCCCACAUUAAUGAAAUUUGCUGGAACGUCACCCCAUCUAUUACCUACUCGCACAAAGCUAGCAGGCUUCAAAAUGUGUUCAAAUGCAAUUGCUUUACUCUAAAAUUGCGUAAAAUACCACCACGAUACACUUGCGUUGGCACUGCCAGUUUUGUUUACAAACACAAUGUAGUGCCGGGAGCGAUCGCACAUGCCAGAAAUACGUCAUGGCCGCCAUCUUGUUUGAUGAUCGCCCAUUCCAAGCCGCAUGCAUGUUGCUACUGUCAUGUGACAAUGGUUUUUGCACACCUAGUGCUGUGAUUAAUGUUCAGCUCGGUGAGCGAAAGGCAGCAAAAACGAGGAAACCCACGUCUCACCGACAACGUGGAAUUGUUUAUGGCGCUUGAGAUGGCAGUCACAGCAUGGAGUGCUGCGCAUCGGGCCAUGAUUGAGCUAUCGUCCGGAAAUAUGCAUCCCUUGCUUUAAGAACGCUGGUUUCGGUGCCACCCGACAGGCAUCGUGUGCAGAUUCAGCACCGGACAUAGAUUUGAGCGAAGAGGCCAUAAUCUCGAUCGAUUGCCAUAUGAGAUACAAUCACUUUCGUGCUUGGCACCAGACACAUCGGCGUCUAAGGGCGAUAGCGUUCACUGGAGAAAUGCUGCUGUUUGGGAGCGUUCUGCGCUUAUUUAUUGUAUACUGUUUUGCAUGUUGUAUGUGUUAUUCCCAAGAAUGUAUGCAGUUUUGCUUCACUUUGCUGACUGCUUGAAGCCUCUGCCUCAUGGGGGUCCAAGCCACUGCUCCUGGGAUUGGCCCACAUUUUUGCUGACAGACUUAGACAGGAAAAAUGCCGGCCAACUAGAGACUAACAGCUUUGCUGUAAAAUUCAGAUUUUAUAUUAUGGCUGCUAAUCAGUGACAGAUUACCUGCAGUUAGAACUGUUUCAGUAAAGACUUCAUUCUUGAACACAGUAGAGAUUGUUUUUGCAGGGGUACAUUUUGUGUGAGAGGCCAUCAGAAGGUUGUGCGAUAAUCAGUGAUUUGCUUUAACAGAAAUAACUCAAGGAACUUGUCGCAGUUACAAGAAUCUGAAGGCAAAUCGUACCUCAAGGCACUUAUUCAAUGCUCCAUGGCACCUAGCAACAGUUACAAGAUGUCCUUCUGCAAACUUUUUGUUGUAUGCAAUAAUGUGCCAUGUAAUUUUCCCAAAAAGGAUCUUUUUGUGCAAUCUAGAAUAAUCUAUGUGGAACAUCAAUGUGUUUUAGAUAGUAGUGUCGCAAUUCUUACUAAGCAGGACAUGUAUUGACCAAGCAUUGACUUUUAUUCAACAAUUGGAAAUUUUGCCCCAACAUAAUUGAUUGUAAUCUCAAUUAGUCAUUUACAAUAACGUUAACCAGUCAUCACUGCACACUUAAUCUUUGCUGGUGCAAAGUAAUGUUGCGGAAAAAAAUUACGUUCUCUGUUGCACUGUUUUAAACUAAUGUUAGCUAUUUGCUCAUGUGAUGCUCCGUUACGUAUAUAUUUUUUGGUAUAUAAAAGAUAUUCUUUUCAAAAAUAGUAUCUUGUAUUCUUUUAGUGCAUUGUCUGCACCAAAAUGAUCUUAUGCUGAUGUGUGAUUGUGUCCUCCGAGAUCUCAGGUCUGUAGUCGCAACAGUUGUCAUGGAGGAAUGAAAAAACUGAGAAGCCCCGGCGUCACUGUGUGUAAAGCCUCCCUUGGCAUUACUCCGCCAUCUUGUCCGGGCAGAUUCUUCUCGUUUAAAUUUCUCACCUUUGGCACACAACCAUGCCGGGCUGUGCGGAGGCUUGCACCAUAGUUAUCAGUCCAACAAAUUGAAUUGCGGUGUACCUUUGCGAAACUGUUGUCAAAGUCAUUUCAUCCAAGUAUUGCGCUAAAGCUUUGAAAGGAGUUCAUGAUGAACUCUGCAAAUUAGACCGUGAGGCCGGUCAAAUUUCCCGACUAGCGCCCAUACGUUUCUGUAGGUUCGAAUUUUCAUUAUUUUGAUCCUGAAAUUGGCUUUCACCAGAUAAUUCAAACUUGACCACUCCUGUGGUGACCCCAAUAGUGACUCCUUCAGUGGCAGCGUCUGCCUCAGCCGAGCUUAGGGGGAAGUGAAUGCAUUGAACAUAUGUCGUCUCCUGUGGAAAACGCUUAUUUUCACCUGCCAUAGGUAGAUUUUCAAGUAAUAACUGUACCUCACAAUGUCUAUUACGGUAUUUAUCAGAUUCUAACGUGCACCUUUUCUAGAGCACAGCUCUUAGGCACCUGUUUUUGCAUUGAGCGUCGGCGUGCCUUGGCGUAACUGAGCGAACGAGCACACCAAAGGAGGAUUAAAGAGUGAACACAGAGCAGCGGCAGAUGAAAGACGGUGAGAGCGAAGAGAGCGUGAGGAAGAAAAAUGGAAGCAUGAAAAGGAAAGCGGAGGAGGUCACCUUCAAGUGCCACCAGAGGUGCUCACGUCCACAGCGCCGGUCGUGCGGGGGGGGAAAGAAGAACCAGAAAGCUAUAGACUUUGUGCUUAGCGUUUGCUGCACUUGUCAGGAAGCGGCAACUGUGUGGCCGGUCUAUACAUAGCGCCACGCAUCACAGGUGGUGGGGUGGUCGGUGCGAUGCCGCAAUAUAUCGCAAAAUGAAAACACGUAGGGACCUGCGCUCAAAUUCGCAUUAGGAUGUGUCGUAAUUGUCGGUGUUUCUUUUUAGGUUGAAAAUUACCUGCCCUCGAAAACAAGACUGCCUACGUGGCGUUUAUGUUUUACCGCGUAAAACAAAUGCAUUGCGGCGAAGCUUACUUUAGGAAACUGGCCGUUAGUGUGCGACGCAUGUUAGCCCCUUCCCCUUUUUUCUGCUAUAGGUUGCUGAAAACUGUGUCUUGUUCAAAUGAGUGCAGGGAUGUCAAAAACAGUCUUCUCAGUGACAGAAUUUAUGAGAAUAUUAUGCUUAAGUUGUGGGCGUUUGUUUAGAAGCUUUAAUGUCAUUUAUACUACCUUUCUACUUUCUCCAUAGUUUUUUUUCAGCGACAUAAAAAGCGACUGCAUGCUUGAUUCCGGGGCUUGUUAGUAUUUGGCCAAACGCUGCCAAAGGUCCCGUCAGGGUAGAAUGAAAGAAAGUAAACUGUACCACGAUUUCACACUUGACUGUUUACGGGGGAAGUUCAACGAGUAGGGCUCCAUGAUUGGUUCAGCGAGCAUGUCGUUUUAAACCACAGGUAAUUGUGGAGUGCGAGAGGUCACCGGUUACUGCUGCUUAGUUUGCGCUGAUGCACUACCUGUCAGUGUGCAUGGAUGUUGCUGCAUAAAGGCCUGCGUAGAACAGCCACGUUUAGAUAUAAUGCCCACAGCACAGUUGACUUGUUACCAAACAAUCCGCCUGACUGUUUCAUGAAACGUUUCACGGCUGGGUGCAUAUUUUACUUGCUCUGCUUGCAGCUCAAAAAUAGAAAUGCUGUUGAAAGCAGCUUCUUACUGUGUGCAUGAGCAUGUUGCUCUUGACAAGGCGAAAUGCAGAUGGGAAGGCAUUCAUCUAGACGGCCUGUAAUCUGUUUGCAUGUUGGAUGCACUUGCUGCAAAUAAACAGAGGUUUUAUUCCA